CACCCAGUAUUUCCCUCCGAUUUCGCCCCCCACUCUUGGCUCAAUGAGUCCUUGCUGAGCAGAUGCGCUCCUCGUCAAGGAGUCAUUACGGAUGCUGAGGUAUCUUGUGGUGGGUUGCCGCCAACAGCCGUCUUUACCAGCUGCGGGGAUGCGAUCCGGCAUCAGCUGUUCUGAGAUCAAUACAUUAAAUUGUCACCCGCUCACAGCCUGACCCACCGGCCAGCAGAUCGACAACACGCCUCACCACUUAUAUCCCAUCACAUUGAUCGCAAUGACACGCUCAACCUGGCUCCAGUCCCUCGAGACGGACGGAUUCUUCGUCCUCCCCUCCGUCAUUCCCUCCGAGCUCUGCGACGAGUUUCAGCAAGAAGCCUGGGAGUGGCUCGAGAGUUUCCCUUACGGCUUCAAGCGCGACGACAAGAAUACUUGGAACGCUGAGUGUCUGCCGUACAGCACUACCGGCGGGCUGUACAACAGGUAUUCUGUCAACCACGAGGCUUUCGUUUGGAAGGUCCGCACGCUACCCGCCAUUCAUCAGAUCUUUGCCGACAUCUGGGGUACCGACGACCUCAUCGCCUCUUUUGACGGUAUGAACGCUUCUUUGCCUAUCAACGCUAGCACCGGUCGAACGGAUAUCAGCCCCACAAAGCCUUGGCCUCAUAUCGACCAGAACCCCCGCCAGGUAGCCAACUUUGAGCUGUACCAAUCCAUCGCCUGUCUCUCCCCUUCAGGUCCUUCCGACGGCGGGCUCUGCGUCCUCUCAAAAUCGCAUCUUUUGCAUCAAAACUACUUCAAAUCCAUCGGAGGGUUCAAGCCUGAUCAAGACGUUGGCGUAGCCGAGAAUGGGUACAACUAUAAGGAUGGGGAUUUGGAUUGGUACAAGGCGAGAGGGUGUGAGGAGGUCAAGAUCUGCGCGAAUGAGGGUGACUUGAUUCGUAAGCUCCAACUCUUCUCGGUGGCGAGACAGGUUGGCUGAUUGAGCAUAGUUUGGGACUCGAGGACGAUCCACUGGAAUGCUUCUCCCACUGGCACCCAAACCCGAUUCGCGACGUACAUCUGUUACUCUCCCCGGACCCACAUGUCGCCGACAGAGCUGGAGAGCAAGAUUGAGAUAUUCAAAGCGCGUAAAGGGACGACUCACUUCCCUGUACGUUUCCCCUCUCCCUUCCACAUCCUUCGAUCGACAUCAGAGUGCAGUGCCGACGAUGUAUCUUAGUAUCUCAACCGAGUCCCAGCAGAACGACCUGGGUACUAUAAUGCCCUCCCUCGCCGACCUGAUGGAUCGCUUGAUCCUGCGAAUCGUACGAAGCCUAGGAAAGAGCCAGUGGAGACUGCAGAAGUUCUGAAAGCGGCCGGGGUGAGAGCUUGAUUAGCUCUUUGUUCUUUGGGGUGUGCGUUGUUGUUUCUGUCUCGUUUCUGCCUGUAUGGAUGUGGUUUCCUCUUCUGUUAUGGUUUGUAACCUUUAAAACACCCACAACCCAUAUACGUUGCUUAUGAUGUGAGUUAUGUACACCAUCUCCCAGACACAGGACUACCGCUACUACUCCUCGUUAUCGUCCGGAUUCCACUCUCGUGACCUAUGACUAUGCGUCGUACCUCCCGUCCCUUUCCUCUUCGGCUUCUUCUUCACACCACUCCCCGUAUGAUCUCUCCCCACCUCGUCACUUCCUCUCCUACUCCUCGAUUGUCAGGGGGCUACCUUCCUUAGGCUAUGCCUUCAGAGGUCGCUGAGGGGUAGAGACGAAAUGGUCUGAGAACUCGAAGUGAGUGGCCAGACCAAUGCCGAAGGAAGAUAGCGGUUGUACGAGUGUGUUGAGCGAGAGAGAGAAAGUGUGUACUAGAGAAGACAACAUUAGUGGAUCGACGAAG